UAAUCGUUUGGUUGUGUAGCAAACCGUCUCCACGACAACGCCGCUCCAAGUAUCAACAAUUGUGUUGCCAAUUUGAGGAGACAAUGAAAACCGAAACAACUUGAAUUGAACGUUUUUGAGUUCUUUUGUUUAGCUUGAAAAGUGAGACAAAGUCCAGCGGUGUGUGACCGAAACCAAAGCUCAAAUUGAAAAUAAAAUCCCAAAGAUUCAUUCAUAAUGGCGUCAGGUUUAGACCGGGUUAACGAAAACGAGUUGAAGGCCAUGGAUGCCAAUCGGUAUGCCACCAAGAAGACGAUUGCACAGGGCAUGUUGGAUAUUGCUCUUCUGACUGCUAAUGCCUCCCAGCUAAAGUACAUCCUCCAAGUGGGCGAGCAGCACCAGUUCUACAAGCUAAUGCUGAUCCUGAUCAGUUUAUCUAUAGUGAUGCAGGUUCUGUCGGGCGUGCUGAGCCUGUCUCUGAGUUUGCUGAGGGACUGCCGGUUGCACCAGCCAGAGUUUCACCAGUCGGCCAAUAUUAUUAACCAUGUCCGCACUGGUUUCGCCUUUUUCACGACGAUGAUAAAUCUGUUUAUCUCGGCCUUUGACAAUCGACUGCCCUCGCCACAAGGCGACCUUCUGAACAAUGUGAACUAGAAAAAGGGAUGGGAACAGAAAAGAAAAGUCUUCACAGGGUCCUCACUAUCCGGUUCUAACACUAUUCCUAUCCAUUUCGACAGCUUUUGGUGGGCAUUCUGUUUGUGGUCAUCGGAAGUCUCAACAUAAACAGGCAUCAGGAUCAGACGGCGGCGGUGAUCCUGAACGACGUCAUUUUGGUGGUCGUGUUUAUAAUAUCCGUGGUGAACGUUAUCAUAUCCGGU